AUGGCUUUAAAUUUAUUAUCCAGUCAACGAUUCGUUUUUAUACGGAUAUUAUUAAGCGCAUGUCAUAAAAAUUAUAUGAACCUCCGGAUAAAUCAGAGAUUUAAUGCAAGUACUAGUGUAUCAAAUAUAUUACCGAAACAUAUCAAUGCUGCAGUUAUGAGAAUCAAUCAGCCUAUUACUGUUGAACAGUUCGAUAUGCCUACUAAUUUGCCUGAUGGUGCAAUCAUCCUGAAAACUAUACUUAGUGAAAUAUGUGGUACGGAUGUACAUCUACAUGCAGGAAAAUUAGCUGGAGUACCCUAUCCUAUUACACCGGGUCACGUCGCUGUUGGUUAUAUUGCUGCAAUGAGUCGAAAUGCUGCAGUUGAUAUCAAUGGUCAACCAUUUCGUGAAGGUGACAUCGUUACGUUUUUAGAUGUGAAUGAGACCUGUGGUGCAUGCCAUUAUUGUCUAGUUAGUAAACAAAGCACACGAUGUAGUAAGAGAAAAGUAUAUGGUAUAACAUAUCCAAAUGAAGGCCCACACGGUAGAAAACCUAUUGGUGGCUGGUCUGAGUAUAUUUACUUGACACCAGGCACCAAGUUGAUUCGAUUACCGGAUGGACUGGAUCCAUUAACAUAUAUAUCAGGCGGCUGUGGUCUCAAUACGGCAUUACACGCAGUUGAUAGGGCUGACAUUAAUUUAGGGGAUACAGUAGUUGUUCUGGGUGCAGGACCUUCCCAGUAUUUUGAGUUUUUUGACAUGAAGAAAAUGUUUUUUGACUGGGAAGGUGGCAUUCGUGAUCAGCUUGUUGAGCUGAAUCCGAAUAUGUAUAAUAAACUUAAAAAAAUUUUACUCGAAGUUUGGUUUACGUACAUCUUAUGUAUUUGGACGCUAUCUCACAGCCCUGUUGGACAAUCCUGCGUGGCGUUUGCUUCUAUCAGUGGUGCAGCAGCCGUUAUAGUUGUAGAUGGUGAGCAAACUCGUCUUGACUUUGCGCGACGUAUGGGAGCUUCACAUACAAUAUUAUUAUCCACACCUGAAGUACAACGCAUUGAACAAGUGAAAACAAUAACGGGCGGUAAUGGGGCAGAUGUUGUAAUCGAAGCAAGUGGUGCACCUGUAGCAGUACGUUCAGGUUUUGAACUUGUACGUGAUGGAGGUAGAUUAGUUGUUGUUGGUCAAUAUACUGAUUUAGGUGAUGUACUUAUUAAUCCACAUGUUCACAUCAACAAAAAACAUGUUAGUGUACUGGGAUGUUGGGGUAGUGAUUUUUCUCAUUUUUAUCGUGCAAUUGCUGUAAUGAGUAAGAAACAUUUACAGAUACCAUGGAAAUCAAUGAUUGGCGGCUCGUAUAACUUACAGAAUAUUAAUGAUGGAUUACAAGCAAUUAAAGAGCGUACAAUCGUUAAAGCAGUGGUGAAUCCAAAUAAUAUCCAAUUAUAA